UUCAGGCUCUACAUCUCGAGGGCCAACUAUAUACUAUACAUACGUUCGUGUGUCCCAGGAAGCGCAUCCUUUCACGGUUUUUGGACAGAAUGAUGAGACUUGUUCAAAUCGCUAUAGCCCUGUGCACAUUAGCAGCGGGAAUAGACGCAGCCGCUCCUAUAGGUGUCAACUACGGAAGACUAGGAGACAACCUUCCCCCUCCGGCCGAGGUGGUGAAAAUGUUCCAGCAAAACGGCAUCACCAAGAUGAGGCUAUUCGACCCUGACGUUAAUGUCCUUAACGCCCUCAGAAAGACCAACAUUGGUCUCGCUCUAGGCAUACGAAACCAGGAUUUGCAGCUCCUGUCCACCAACAUGGACGCCGUCAACGGCUGGUUCGCCGCCAAUGUCGAACCGUUCCUCAACGACGUCGCUUUCGAAUACAUCGUCGUCGGAAACGAGUUGGUUCCAGGGGAACUGGCCAACUUCAUCCUUCCGGUGAUGCAGAACUUUCAAGUCGUACUCGAUGGUCGGAACUUGAGCAGCAUCUCUAUGACAACCUGUGUGGCUACGUCCGUCUUCGCAAAUUCAUAUCCUCCUUCAGCAUCUGUAUUCGCAGACAAUUCGAGAGAGGUCAUGACAAGGAUUCUAGGGUUCCUCGCAGCUCAACAAAAUCCUCUUUUGAUCAAUCUCUAUCCCUACUUUGCAUAUGCGUCUGAUCCUGUGAAUAUACGCUUGGACUAUGCUCAGUUCACAGCACCAGGCGUGGUGGUUCAGGACGGAGCUUUAGGAUAUACGAACAUGCUUGAUGCCAUGAUCGAUGCGUUCUUCUGGGCGAUGGAGAAAGUGGGAGUGAAUAACGUUGGCGUGGUGGUGUCUGAGAGUGGAUGGCCUUCUGGUGGAAAUGGCGAGAUCACGAAUCCGACAAUGGCUGCUACUUACAAUAAGAACUUCGCUAAGCGGAUCACAACACAGAAUGGAACGCCAAAGAAACCAGACGCUGUGAUUCCAGGUUUCAUUUUUGCAAUGUUCAAUGAGAAUCAAAAGCCUGCUGGCGUGGAGCAAAACUUUGGACUCUUCAUUCCUACAUCCAGGCAACCUGUUUAUCCGGUUUUUCCUCUUUAAAGUGAAA